ACCCAGCAUGUGGUAGAGAGAGAGCAUGGUCUACAUGUAAUAGGAAUGGGAGGGACUGCAAUAGUGACUGCAAGGAAGUCCUCAGCCUCUCCCCACCCAUCAGAACUGCUCUGUGCAGCCAGAGGUUGUUGGAGAUUUAGAGGCAGUGGUGGGGCUGUGGAUCUGUCUUGCUAAGAGACUACAUCAGAGCUCAGCCUGUGAGCACAAACAAGGGAUCUGGAAUCUGACAUUGUAUCUGUGGAAAGAAGACAGUCAUCCAGGGAUAAAGGGCGUUAACUGGCCGGAGGGUUUUUGACAGUUGACUCGGAGUACAGUGACCCAUAUCUUGUAAAGGGCAUCAUGGCUGAGCCGGACUACAUUGACGCUGAUAACUCCGAACUGAUAAAGCCUCAUAAAUUAAUCAAUCCAGUGAAAUCUUCACGAAACCACCAAGAUCUUCACCGUGAGUUAAUGAUGAACCAAAAAAGAGGCCUGUCACCCCAAAAUAAACCAGAGUUACAGAAAGUAAUGGAGAAAAGGAAACGAGAUCAAGUCAUCAAACAGCAAAAGGAAGAAGCAGAAUUGAAAAAAUCAGACUUUGAAAAAGAACUUCAGAAACGACAUCAGAUGUUGGAAGAGAUGGAAAUGGAGAAGAAUAAAAAUGAGGAGCAGGAAAAUAAACCCGAAUUUCUAAAAGUAAAAGGAAAUCUCAGGCGAAUGAACCAAGAAGCCAAUGAAUCGUAGGCUCCCAAGGGUAUCUGGAUUAACCAUAGGAAUGGAUUUGUGCUGGACUUUACAAGACAGACAUUUUGUCGGAGGACUGCCCUUCUGGGAAUCUCAAAACUGAACUGUCAUCCUCAACAUUUUAACAGACUUCACAAAUGCAGAACAUAGAAAGCUCAGUUAGCCUGCAGGCCGAAAGGAACUGGGUAUAGAGCUGUCUGCUGACAAAGUGACCUUUCAAAGCUGGAUAUAUAUUGGGCUGCAUAGGAAGCCUAGUUGCGACAUUACGCACAUCCAGAUUAAUGCAAACACGCUUUUUACACCUUUCCGUAUGCUAUUGAUUCAAACUGUUUUUGCAAAAUAACAUAAAAUCUUUCCAGAUCAGUAAACUGUAAUGGUAUUCGAAUACCAUCCAAAUAUAUUCUGAUUUUAAUUUUGCUUUUCCUUUUGACUUGGAAUAUAAAUUAAUAGCAAUGCAAUUUGAGGUAGUUCUGCUACACUGGCUUAAUUAUAGGAAAUAUGGGAAUAAUAUUUCACUGUGAUAAUUACAUAGAAACUGAAAGGUGAGCUGCUAAACAAGCUUUUCUUAACUGCAUUGCUAAAAUCCCCUUUUUGUUAAUCAGCGUCUAGUGAAAUAUAACAACAAAGAGUGCCUAAAGGUUUGUUUCACGGCAGAUCAUGUUGUAUACAUUUUAGCUUUUGCAUUACCUUUUUCCUGUGUGCUGGUGUUUGAGCUUUUCCAACGCAUUGCUUUAAAAAUUCAGAUAAAAUUCACUCACAAUGGCUGAGUGAUUGAAAAUGUAAACAUUAACACUGUGUUUUUGUUUUUGUGUUUUUAAAUAAAAAUCAGGAAAAAUAUAUUUUGUGCAGGGUAAUCCUGUACAAUAUAUUUGUUGGUAAUUAACAUGUUAGUAUUUAUUUGCAGACGAAUCUGAAUUAGGAGAUGCAUGCCAAUGAAAUACGUUUUGCUGAAAUUAAGGUCAAAUUCCUGAAAAGCUGCCAGAACGUCAUAUAGACGACUUUUUAUUUUUUAAUGAUAAUACUUAUUUCAUUGUUUGCUGGUAGCUUUCUUUUAGCUUUUUUUUUGUCUGUAUUGUCCACAAAAUUGCUUUUCUUCCAAUCUGGCUGCUUAUACUUUUUUUUUUUUCCUGCAUGGUUGCACUGGAUGCAAUACAGCUCUGCAGAAUGUGUUUUUCUAGAAAUGCAUCCCAUUAAGAGGAAGCCUCCAAAAACCUGUCUUACUCAUACAGAGUUAUUCUUAAAUCCCACAACAAGGAUUUGUAUUAAAUUAAUCAUUCCGCACGUUGUUUUAUUAUGGCAGACUAUAUGCAGUCCAUAACAUCACCUAGCCAAAAUACAGGAAAUGGUUUAGGGGAGGCUUUAAAUAUUAGAUUUUUUUUGAGAAUAUGGUUUCGUAUUAAAAAAAUGGGCAUUUACUUACGGUUUGAGACUUAGAUAGAGACUUUGCAAUAUUGGACUGCUUGAUCUGGCUUUCAUCACCAUUUGGUAAUCUUUGCAAACUUGAACAUAGGUGGUUAAGCUACUGAUAAUGUGGGAGCAAAUAUCUGAGACAUUCUUCUUCUUUUACUUUUUCUUCAUAUUCCAUGUGCCAUACAUUUGUAUUUUUCCGGAGUGAAAAUUGCUAUUGCAUUCUGAUUGCUGUAUAUUUUUUUUUGUAGCCUUUCUUUCGACUUGCCAUUAUUUUAUAUGCUAUAAGGAGAAUAUCCCAUCCCCUUGAAAUCAGAGAAAUCCCUUACUGUUGAGAAUUUUU